AUGGAAGGAAGAAAUCAUACUACAGUGACUGAGUUCAUCCUUUUAGGAUUCACAGCUAACCCCAACCUGCAGCUGAGCCUUUUUGUAGUGUUUCUAAUAAUAUAUAUAGUUAGUUUAGCAGGAAACUUUAUACUAAUUGUUCUAAUCUUCAGCAGUUCUCACCUCCAUACACCCAUGUAUUUCUUCAUUGGAAACCUAUCUUUCCUGGACCUCUGGUAUUCCUCUGUCUACACCCCCAAGAUCCUGGUGGACUGUUUCUCAGAGAACAAAAGCAUUUCCUUUGGAGGCUGUGCUGCCCAGUUCUUCUUUUCUGCUGGUCUUGCAUAUAGUGAGUGCUACCUUCUGGCAGCCAUGGCUUAUGAUCGUUACAUAGCCAUUGCUACUCCACUGAUAUAUGCCACUGCCAUGUCAAGAAAGCUAUGCACAGGACUUGUCACCCUGUCAUAUUUAGGUGGAUUCAUCAAUGCCACGAUUCUCACCACUGAAACCUUCACAUUGAAUUUCUGUGAUGGCAACAUCAUUGAUGACUUCUUUUGCGAUGUGCCACCUCUGGUAAAACUGUCCUGUGAUGUUCCUGAGAGUUACCAAUCUGUUCUAUACUUCCUCCUCACUUCUAACAUCAUCGCCCCAUCAGCUUUCAUUCUUGCCACUUAUACCUUUAUCCUAGCAGCCAUCUUGCAGAUCCGCUCCGCUGAGGGCAGACGCAAAGCCUUUUCUACAUGUGGUUCCCAUCUGACAGCAGUCACUUUGUACUAUGGUUCCAUCCUCUUCAUCUAUUCACGCCCCAGCUCCAGCUAUGCAUUGUACAGGGACAAAUGGGCUUCCAUAUUUUACACAGUGGUCUUCCCCAUGUUGAAUCCCAUGAUUUACAGCUUAAGGAACAAGGAUGUGAAAAAUGCUAUGAAGAAGCUGAUCAGAAGAAGAAUAGAUUUCUAA